CACCUAGCGGAGAAGUAGUAAAUCGGAAGAAGAAGCCAUAUUGGAAAAUAGGAGGGCAGAACCCGAUAAAAACAGAGACAUUAAGUGUGAUUUCUGUUCAUAAAAAUCAACCAUAUUCAGCUUCAUUAGAGUGCCUCUCCUGUAAAUCAAAUUAACAAUGAAUCCAGAAUAUGAUUAUUUGUUCAAGCUGUUACUUAUUGGUGACUCAGGUGUAGGAAAGUCAUGUCUGCUACUCAGAUUUGCAGAUGACACAUACACAGAAAGUUAUAUCAGCACUAUAGGUGUAGACUUUAAAAUUAGAACUAUAGAAUUAGAUGGAAAAACUAUAAAGUUACAAAUUUGGGAUACAGCUGGCCAGGAAAGAUUCCGAACUAUUACAUCCAGUUACUACAGAGGUGCUCAUGGUAUCAUUGUUGUCUAUGACGUCACAGACCAGGAAUCUUUCAACAAUGUGAAACAGUGGCUGCAAGAAAUAGACCGAUAUGCCAGUGAAAAUGUCAAUAAAUUACUAGUUGGAAACAAAUGUGAUUUGACAACAAAGAAAGUUGUAGAUUAUACUACAGCAAAGGAGUUUGCCGAUUCAAUAUCAAUCCCGUUUUUAGAAACCAGUGCAAAGAAUGCGACAAAUGUAGAGCAGGCCUUUAUGACAAUGGCCGCUGAAAUAAAGAAUCGUAUGGGACCAAAUACUGCAACUUCGGAUAACAAACCAAAUGUGAAAAUAAACGCUAGCACACCAGUGAAACAAGGUGGUGGGGGAUGUUGUUAAGGAUGAUUUUAUAUGUAGACUCAGAGGGGACUGUGUAAUUCAUCUUUAAAAAGUGUUGAAUUUUUGCGAACAGAGCUCAUUGGCGGACUGAGGACCGAUUUUCAUAUAUCUUAAGGAAUUGGUCCGUCUAUUUCAAGAAGUGUAUAUUUUGCGACCGAUUUUCCUGCAUUUUAAUAAUCUUUUCACAUUGUUUAGAUAACUUAGAAUGACUUUGCCAAAAAAAGAAGUUUCUGUUUUUUACUUGCAAUUUUAGAAGAAGAAAAAAUCAUUUUAGUGUGAUGCAAGUACCAUAAGCGUUUAGUUGAAAAGUAGUAGUAAAAUGCAGGAAAGAUUUGCUGGUGUUCACUUUAUUUUUAAUAUAAAUAACAUCAUAGUAUAAGUGGUACAUUUCACCAUUCAUGUUCACUCAGUAUAGAAAUAUUAGCGAUUUCAUUUUCUUAAAAAAAAUCACACUUCUAAUUACUUAUAUAAAAAUGUAAGAGUGAUGUUCUCUGUUAAAAAAUCUUGUGAUUGAAAUAUGUUAUAUGAAGAUGAACAAAGCCAGGUGAAGUAUACAUUUGUACAUGUAUUCAAGAUGAUUUAAAAGAGCAUUUUCAUUUCAUUCCUGAAUAUCAUUUAACAGAAAAAAGCCCCUUUUCUGUGAAUUUGUGUAAAUAUAUGUGUUUACACGCAAGUAUAUGGGGGCUAAGUUUUAUUCAAUUAUGUCAAAGGUGCGCCGUUAUAAUUUUCUUGUCUUAUAACUUAAAUUUUCAUUUUUCUUUUACUAUUUGAUGUAUGGAUAUUGAAGCUUCUUUAUUUAACUGUUAAUCAUUAAUUCUGUGUCCAUGUGUGAUGGCAUUGAUGAUUCUGUUUAUUUCAUACUUUAUAUUUACGAAUAUAAGAUUUAUUUAUGAUGUGAUAUUGUAGCUAUUAAAUGAAUGAAUAUUUUGUUAGUGAAUGAUUUAUUUUAUGUGUCUGGAGUAAUUGAGUCAUAAUAAAGGUAUAUAAAAAAACAAAA